AUGGAUAAAACAAGUGAUAAUCAAGAAAGCGGUAGUGAUUACAGAAAAGGUGUUAAGUUUCUUAUUGAUAAUGAACCUGACAUGAAGAAGCUGCCUUCAGAAUUUGCUCUUCCAUUACUGAGAAAUCCAUUAUCUGCUGUUCAUGCUGAAAUACCUGUCAUAGACUUGAGUGGACUUCAUGGACCUGUUCAACGUCGAGUUUCAACUAUUCGAGACAUCAACUCUGCCUGUGCUGACUGGGGAUUCUUCAGGAUCAUCAAUCAUGGGAUUCGGACGUCUCUAAUGGUUGAAAUGCUUAAAGUUGUAGAGGAAUUCUUUGAUCUGAGUUGGGAACAGAAAAUGAAAUAUGCUUCUGACAAUGUAAUGAGUCCCAUAAGAUAUGGAACGAGCUUGAAUACAUCAAUGAAGCAUUCCCUUCACUGGAGGGACUAUUUCAGACAUUAUGGCCACCCAUGUCAUAAAACCUUCCACCUCUGGCCAGAUAAUCCCCCUGUCUACAGGGAUGUAGCAAAAGAAUACUUGGAGCAGAUUUGGCAGUUGGCCAUGAAGAUAGCAAGUGCAAUAUCUGAAGGUUUAGGGCUGGAUCAUGACUACAUAGAAAAAUCACUUGGUGAAGGGUUUCAAGUUCAAGCUGCUAAUUAUUAUCCACCAUGCCCAGAGCCAGAGAAGACAUUAGGACUUGCAGGUCAUUCAGAUCAUGGUGGACUCACAAUUUUGAUGCAAAAUCAUGAUGUUGAUGGGUUGCAAAUCAAACACAAUGAAACAUGGACAGCAGUUCAACAUGUCCCAGGCACUUUUCUUGUCAAUAUUGGAGAUUAUUUGGAGAUAUUGAGCAAUGGGAUGUACAAGAGUGUGGAGCAUCGAGCAGUGGUAAACGCUCAAAAGAAGAGGAUUUCAGUAGCUGUAGGACAUGGACCUGAGUUGACGGCUGUAAUUGCACCUGCAAGCCAGCUGUUGGACAAAAACAGUGAUAUCCAAUAUCGGCCUAUUGCCUACCAAGACUACAUUAGGCUUCAACAGAGUAGCACGAUUAGAGGGAAGAGCCCAUUGCAAGCAAUAAAGAUCAACAACAUGUAG